AUGGCUACACAAAAGGAGCACAUAAAGUCACCAUCCAAGGCCUCUUCUCCAGUGCCACAGACUGAUUCUACACCAGAAGCAGCUCCAGAUAAAGCUCCUUCUCCGCCGCCUACUACGGCUCCAUCAAGUGCUGCAGCAGCACUGAAGGUGGGGCAAAAAUCCAAUCUUGUUGCCAUGAAUGACUUCAGUGCUGAGCAAAUUGAGGACAUCCAAGAUACCUUCUCACUGUUCAUUAAGUCAAAGAAGGGUGAAAUUUCACUUGGGCAAUGUGGGGAUGUGAUGAGGGCUUUGGGUCUGAACCCUACCAAUGCAGACCUCUUUAAAGUUCUGGGGACAUCAAAGCCUGAGGUUAAGUUUUUGAAACUUGACUUUGAGACAUUUCUGCCCAUAUUCCAGAAAAUUUCAAAGUGUUCAAAAAAAGGCAAAUAUGAGGACUUUGUGGAGGCACUACAUGCCCUUGACAAGGGCACAAUCAUGUGUGCUGAACUCCACCAAAUACUUCUCACACUCGGUGAAAAGUUAACUGUGGACGAAGUGGACCGCGUUCUUGUAGAACAGGAAGACUUAAAUGGUUUCAUCAGUUAUGAAGCUUUUGUGAAAUGCAUCAUGGCAGUAUGA